AUGACAUCCAAAUCUGAAACCGUCCUGGUGCCCUCCUCUGCCAGUCAACCUGGCAACAGCAAACCUAGCCUGCUUAACUUACCUACCGAGAUCCGGGUGAUGAUACUCGAGCAUUGUCUGGUUAGGUCCGAGGAUAUCAACCUGGUAUUUAAACCGGACUGGGGCGGCUUAAAGGGCGUGAAGACACGGAGAUACGGUCUUGUACCGGAAGUGUUGUGUGUGUGUAAACGAAUGUUUGCCGAAGGGACCUCGCUUCUCUACGUCUCCAACAUCUUCAGUCUUGGUCCACUCACCAUCGAUCUACAAUGGUUAGUCCAAUCAUGGCUCUAUGAACCUGUGCCGCGGGCGCAGCGUUUGAAGACGAAUUUCCGGCGAAUCUCGAAGAUGCAGAUCGCCAUUGGCGAAAUGCGCGAGGCCGACUCAUAUCAGGAAGACUUGCACUCACACUUCGGAGUUGCUGACCUGGCUCUUUACUCUCGUAGCAUGAAGACGGCUCUGCGGCAUUGGCCUCAACUCAAUGACCUGCAGUGGAUCAAUUGCAAAGUGGACGAUUCUAAUAACAUCUGGACAGCCCGCAACCACGUCGGAAUAAUGACCAUCGCUCAGAAGUUGCAGCUCUGCAAGAGGUUUGAGCAUGGCCAUCCUGAUGAGAGCACACUGAACGAACAGGAGCGGAGCUGUGCGGACUAUAUCUUCCGGCUUUCAGCUUUAAAGGUUGCUAGGCUCGUGCAAGAACGUGGUGGAGGCUUUACCCGGUUCUAUCGCGCAAUUCGACCAAUUGAACAGCAGUGUAUCCAGCGCUCCGUUGUUGUCACCAAGGGGCCAGUUGAAUCAGUUCCAGGGUUCAAACUGGACAAUAUGCAGGAAAUCCGUCAUAUGGGCGAGCUCGAAAUUGACGUGGAUCGCUGUGAAGUAAAAGAGAUUACUGGGCCGCGAGCAGGGUAUUGCUACUGA